CCAGGGCUGGCUGAUCUGCAGAGGGAGACGGAGGGACAGGCACAGCAGCUCCUGCUGGUCCCACAGGCGGGCCCAGGGUGGAUCUUCGCUUUCUCGGUCUGCAGAAUCCAUCCCACCCUGCACGGGGCGAUGGGGCCAGAUUCCCCUUCUACCCAGCUAUAGACAGGACGCUUGCCCCUCCAGCACUCCCCAGCUACGUUGCAGCACAGCCAGCCUCCCGUGCGCCCACUCCCGGCACUUGAGACAACAUCAUGAACCAGCUGAUCCUGUGGAUGCUGCUGUUCCUCUCCUCAGUGGCCCUUGGCCAGGACUGUCCCUUAGGCUGUGUCUGCAAUCAGCCACAGACUAUAUUCUGCACGUCACGAAAGGGCGACACCAUCCCAGCUGUCUUGUCAAGAGAUACGACCAAUCUGUAUGUAUUUAACAACAACAUCACCUUGCUCAGAGAAGACACUUUUAAGAGCCUGCCAGAACUCCAGCUACUGGAUCUCUCUCAAAACAAGAUCUCCAGCAUCCCAAAGAAUGUCUUCCAGCCCCUCACAAACCUCAUCAACUUGGACCUAUCCUCCAACCAGCUUCAAGAGAUCACCAACGAGACCUUUCAUGGCCUGCACCUCCUGGAGCGCCUCUAUCUGGACAAGAACCGAAUCCAGCAUAUCCAUCCUGCUGCAUUCGAUACCCUGGAGAAACUACUCGAACUGAAGCUCCAGAACAACCAGCUGCAGUCUGUGCCACCGCUGAACCUUCCCAACCUCCUCCUGCUGGACAUAAGCCAUAACAAGAUGGCCACGAUCGAGUCUGGCACCUUUCACACAGUUAACAUAGAGUCUCUCAAAAUAGCAGGGCUAGGACUGACCCACCUGGACGAGGAGCUCUUGGAGAACCUUAACAAUCUUCAUCAGCUGGACAUCUCAGACAACCUGCUAGACAGAGUGCCAAAGGUCCUCCAGGGCCUGCGAGGCCUCACCAAACUCAACCUGGCCGGCAAUGCCCAGAUCUCUCAGCUACAGGCAGAGGAUUUCCAUGACCUGCAGAACCUUCUAGAGCUGGACAUCAGCAAUCUUAACCUCAACACGAUCCCCAGGGACUUCUCCACCUUCUUCCCUAGACUCAAAGCCAUUACAGCAGCAGAAAAUCCUUUUAACUGCAUCUGCCAGAUGAGCUGGUUUGUGCACUGGGUGCACACGAGCAAGGUAGCACUCAAGAGGCCAGAGGAAACCAGGUGCCAUUUCCCCCCCAAAAAUGCAGGCAAGCUCCUCCAGAAACUGGAGUAUGUUGAUUUUGGAUGUCCAACCACCACCACUACCACCACCACCACCACCCUGAAAACUACCACGCUGAAGCCUGCCAUGCUGCUCACCACUAACAAGCACUUUCCACUGGACCCCAGCACCACUGCCCCUACCCCAGAGCCAGUGCUCAGGCAGGACAGCAGUACUGCAAUACCAUUCACUGCUCUGGAUAGACAGACAAGUGCCGAGGUGCAAAUCUGCCCUCCUCGUACGUGCUUAAAUGGUGGCACCUGCCAGCUAAAUGACCAUAACCACUUGGAGUGUGUGUGCCCUGCUGGCUUUUCAGGUUUGUAUUGCGAGUCUGAGGUCAGGAAAACAACUAUCUCCACCAUCACCCAGACGGCAACUCAGAACAAGAAAAUAAAUAUUAAACAGGUCGGCAGCACCUCCCUAAAAGUGGAUUUGCAAAAUUAUAUCCAGUCCAAGGCCCAACUGAAGGGCAUCCGCCUGACCUAUAGGAACCUCUCUGGGCCAGACAAGCGGCCAGUCACACUCAGCCUGCCAGCAUCACUCUCUGAAUACACAGUGCGCGCGCUGAAACCCAACUCAACCUAUCACAUCUGCAUCGGGCCGCUAGGGGAGAAAAUCUCCGAGGAGGAGUUCUGUAUAGAUGCCCAGACCCUGCAUGUGACUCACCAGCAACACUCACCUGUCACUCAGAGCAAAGACAGCAACCUGACGCUCAUGAUCGUGCCUGCGCUGGCUGCAGGGCUGCUGCUGGUAGUUGCCGUGGCCACAAUCAUGUACUACCGCCGGCACCACCGGGCUAAAACGCAUUCCAACACAGAUGUGGACUCCAGCCCCCUGGAGCUGGAAGGUGUAAAAACAUGCCUGGAAAAUGGAGACUUAUCAAACCAGAGCCAGAAGCUGCCAGAGAACACGACACUGCCAAAUAGCUUAGAAUGCGAGGUCCCCCUGAUGCAGCCACACUACCCUAGCAAUAACAACACCACCACAGCAUUAAAGCCGUCCUACUUCUAAACCAAAACAGAGACUAAGAGAAGGUCACAGUUCACCGGUCCAAGAGAGCCCCAGCCUGACGGGGUUCAGGCUGCCAGGAUGAAUGCUCUCCAUUGUUCGCACCUGGGGCAUGUCCCAUUCGGGACAAGGAACACUGAAGGGUUAACUUAAAUUAAAAUAAACCCCAAAAUGUGUAAUGUGCAAUUUUCCAAGAGGCUUAUACACUUAGGAAGUAGACACUGUAAUUUUACUGCUCAGCAUAUGACUAAGUGCCUGGAUUUCUGUGGCUGUACAUAGUAUGUGUGUGUAGAGAGAGGUUGGGGUUUUUUUAGCUACUGCUAAAAUGAAAGACAUCUGUGACUUAGUUAAGAGGCAUCAGUGUGCUGGUAACAAAGGAUCCUUUAGCUAAGCACUGCCCAAGAUAACAAACUCAUCAGUAGGUCUAUGCGAAAAGCAACAGAGAAAGGAAAAGGAAAAUACACACACACCAACUGAGGUGCAGGAGUGCUCCAAUGUGCUCCACAAACGUGUAGAAGUUUAAAAAAGAAACAAAAAACCUCCCAGAACUGGGAAUUUAAGCUUUAAGAAACUGUAGAGAAUAUUUAUAAACGAUUAUUUCCCAUUUCUUCUGGGAAAGCUCUUUUUUCUAACACAGAUUGUGUACUUUUUUGUAUGACAGACAGGUGGAAUGUUUUUGUACAAAAAUAAAACCGCUGUACAGUGUUUCUGAAAAGCA